AUGGCGGCCAUCGACUUCUCGCAGGUGGAAGCUUUCCUAGACCGACAUCCCGACCUCUUCGAGGACUACCUGCUGAGGAAGGGCAAACGCGAGUCGGUCAGCAAGUGGCUGAAGGCGCACAAGGGCGCUAGGCAGGUGGGGGGCGGGCCGCCGGGCGAGGAGAAGCACCCGUGCCCGGCCGAAGCCACUCUCCACCGGUCGUGCCAGAAGGAACUGCGGAGGAGCUUCGCCCGCUCCCGGGCCAUGACCUGCCACCACACCCUGGACGAGCUGGUGUUCCUGCGGUCUUCCGAGCGGGACCCCAGCCCCAGCAGGCGGGCGCUGCUGCGGAAGGCCAGCUCGCUGCCACCCACCCCCGCGCACCUGCUCAGCGCCCUGCUCGAGUCCCGGGUCAGUGCCCCGCAGCACGCCUCGGCCGCCAGCCACCACAAGCGCUCGCUCAAGGAGGCCGACGAGAGGCAGUUCUUCCUGGAGCUAGUCAAGGACAUCUCCAACGAGCUGGAUCUGACCAGCCUGAGCUACAAGAUCCUCAUCAACCUGUGCAUCAUGGUGGACGCUGACCGCUGCUCCCUCUUCCUGGUCGAGGGUCCAGCCCACAAGAAGAGGCUGGUCUCCAAGCUCUUCGAUGUGCACGCGGGCACCACGGUGGUGCCGUCGUCCAGCAUGGAGAACUCCAACGAGGUCCAGGUGCCCUGGGGCAAAGGAAUAAUCGGCUAUGUGGCUGAGCACGGGGAGACCAUCAACAUGCCUGAUGCCUACGAGGAUCACCGGUUUAACGAUGAAAUCGACAAGCUGGCAGGUUAUAAGACGAAGUCCAUUCUGUGCAUGCCAGUUCAGAAUUGUGACGGAGAGAUCAUCGGAGUGGCACAAGCUAUCAACAAAAAUCCCGCUGGAGUUCCCUUCACCGAAGACGAUGAAAAGGUACUGCAGAUGUACUUGCCAUUCUGUGGAAUAUCCAUAUCCAAUGCCAAACUCUUCACAGCAUCUCGCAAAGAAUACGACAGAAGCAGGGCAUUGCUGAAGGUUGUCAACGACUUGUUUGAAGAGCAAACAGAGCUGGAGAAAGUUGUCAGGAAAAUCAUGCAGCGAGCUCUGACCCUGUUGCAAUGUGAACGGUGCUCAGUUCUUCUGCUGGAAGACAUUGAGUCCCCCAUCUGUCUUGCUUCCAAAUCCACUUUCAAAGCAACAGCAUCGCUCAAGGUGGUGAAGUUUUCUAAGACCUUUGAGCUGAUGUCUCCACUGUGUUGUGUUGAGAGCCAUAUCAGCAUGGAGAAAUUAUCGUGCUCUGGUUGGCUGAUCAACAACAGGAUAGCGGAGCUGGUCGCAUCAACAGGUCUUCCAGUGAAUAUCAGUGAUGCCUAUCAGGACCCUCGCUUUGACACUGAGGCAGACCAGAUGUCUGGUUUUCACAUCCACUCAGUGUUGUGCGUACCCAUCUGGAAUAGUAAUCAUCAAAUCAUCGGAGUUGCUCAGAUACUCAACCGGUUGGAUAGGAAAACGUUUGAUGAUGCCGAUCAGAGGUUAUUUGAGGCCUUUGUCAUUUUCUGCGGCCUUGGCAUCAACAAUACAAUAAUGUACAACGAAGUGAAGAAGUCCUGGGCAAAGCAAUCGGUGGCUCUUGAUCUGCUGUCCUACCAUGCCACAUGCUCAAAAGUAGAGGUUGAUCGACUGAAGGCUGCCAAACUCCCGACGGUCAGUGAGCUGGGGAUUGCGCAUUUUUCCUUCAACGAUUUUUCCCUUGACAGCGAUGGAAUGAUCACAGCCUCACUGAGAAUGUUCAAGGAGCUGGGAAUUGUGCAGAAGUUCAAAGUAGAUUAUGAGGUUCUGUGUCGCUGGCUGCUUACUGUGAGAAAAAAUUACCGUGCUGUUCCGUACCACAACUGGCGUCAUGCAUUUAAUGUUGCUCAGUGCAUGUUUGCAUUGAUAACAACCGCUGGUUUUCGGGAAAUUCUGACUGAUAUUGAAAUUUUAGCCUUGAUGGUGGGUUGCCUUUGCCACGAUCUUGAUCACAGAGGAACAAACAACGCUUUCCAGGAAAAGAGCGGAUCAGCUUUAGCACAGCUGUAUGGGACAUCUGCCACUUUGGAGCACCAUCACUUCAACCAUGCUGUAAUGAUAUUGCAGAGUGAGGGACACAACAUUUUUGCCAACCUUUCCUCCAAAGAUUACAGUGAUUUGAUGCAGUUGCUGAAGCAGGCUAUCCUGUCCACUGACCUCAUGCUUUAUUUUGAGCUGCGCUCUAAGUUCUUCGAGUAUGUCACGUCCGGGGAACAUAACUGGUGCCUUGAGAAGCACAGGCAAAUGCUGAGGUCUAUGCUGAUGACAGCCUGUGAUUUAGGAGCAGUUACCAAGCCUUGGGAGAUCUCUAAGCAGGUGGCAGAGUUGGUAACGAGUGAGUUCUUCGAGCAAGGGGACAGGGAGAGAACUGAACUGAAGCUGACACCAGCUGCUAUCUUUGACCGAGAUAGGAAGGACGAGUUACCGGGUCUCCAGCUGGAGUGGAUUGAUGGGAUUUGCAAGCCUUUGUUUGAGGCAUUGGCCAGGCUGAAUGGCAGGAUCCAGCCCUUGGUGAACGGGAUCAAUGCAAAUAGGACUAAGUGGGAGGAGCUCUAUACAAUGCACUGUCAGUCCCAUGGUGUCACAGAUGCUGCUAAUUGCACGCUGAAGAUUGAAGUAAUCAACUAGUGAAAUUCAGACCUUAACAUGUUUCUGGCCUGACCUUAUUCUGCAUUAGGACAGUUUGACCCUCUGGCAGAUGGAAUGUUAAUGGCCAAGAUGCAAAUACUGUGAAUCAUCAAUAUUACUUUGGCUGCAGCAUGAAUCUUCAGUGGCAUUACCAUAAAUCCCAUCUGCGUAGCUGCAGAGGAAGAGGCGCAAAUUCAUUUUGCUCUCUGAUCAAGUGUUGGGUAUUGAAUGGAGUUUAACACCGCAAAUAUUCAACAAGAAGAUCGGCCAUCAACAGUCAUGGACCAUUUCACAUGUAUCCCAUCGUGCACCACUCUGU